AUGGAGAUCCGACGCGCUUUGCCCCAAGAUUUCCGGGAGCUGCUGCACUGCCUGAAGAUGAGGAGCAAGUACGCCGUCCUGCUGGUCUUCGUCGUCGGCCUCAUCAUCAUCGAGAAGGAGAACAACUUCAUCUCCAGGGUGUCAGACAAGCUGAAGCAGUCACCUCAGACGCUGGCAGAGGCCAACAGCACGGAGGCCAGCCUGGCGCCGGCCGAGAAUGGCUCACUGGCCUCGCUGCGAGAGCUGGACACCGCCUUCUCCCAGCUGCGGUCCCACCUGCGUGACGUCACCUUGCAGAUCGUGGGUGACGGGGACCCCGGGCCGCGACGACACAUCCUGCUGAUGGCCACCACCCGCACCGGCUCCUCUUUCGUGGGGGAGUUCUUCAACCAGCAAGGCAGCAUCUUCUACCUCUUCGAGCCCCUCUGGCACAUCGAGAGGACGGUGACCUUCGAGCCAGGGGGAGCGAACGCGGUGGGCUCGGCCCUGGUCUACCGGGACGUCCUCAAGCAGCUGCUACUCUGUGACCUCUACAUCUUGGAGAGCUUCAUCUCACCAGCACCCGAGGCCUGAAUUACACAAUUUCUCUGGGAACGGGGAAAUCACAAGGGUCACCCUGAUAUUCCGGUGUACAACCGGAUUCACCUGACAAUACCUGUCAUUGCCUGGGAGAAAUGA